AUGGCUAUGUAUAGCAUUUUUCAAAAAAAAAAAAAAAAUGUGGCCACCAUAAAUUCUAAGUUUUCAAAAUUGAAUAAUCCUCAUUUCCGCAGGCACACAUUUUCUCUCAGAACCACAAAAACAUAGUGACAGUUGAACAUGAAAGGUUAAGAAAUUAAGAUUGGAGAAAAGAAGAAUUAAUAAAAUGGCGAAUAUGAUUGGUCUAUUGAAGAUUAGAGUGAUAAAAGGUAUCAAUCUGGUAGUCAUGGAUUUUUCCAGUAGCGAUCCUUAUGUUAUCAUCACUAUGGGUUUACAGAAAUUGAAGACACGACAUGUGAAAAAUGACUGCAAUCCUGAAUGGAAUGACGAACUGACUCUUGCAAUUUAUGAUCUUAACGAUCCAAUCAACUUAACAGUGUAUGACAAAGACACAUUUACUAGCGACGACCUAAUGGGUGAGGCUCAGAUAGACAUAAAACCGUAUGUAGAAUGUCUGAAGGCAAGAUUAAGUGAUCUCCCAGAUGGAACCGUUGUUGAUAAGAUCCUUCCGAGCAGGGAAAAUUCGAUAGCUGAUGUGAGCCAAAUUAUUUGGAUGGAUGGAAAGUUAGUGCAGGACAUGAUUCUCAGGCUUAAAAAUACAGCAACUGGUGAGGUAGAAAUCCAAAUCGAGUGGGUGGAUGUUGCAAAAUCUUAAAAUCUUGAGGAUUUGAGAAGGUUAUACAUCUGUUUCCGACUUUGGAGUGGAGUUACAGCUUGGUUUUGAAUGCUCAGUUUGUAACUUGUUUGUGCUUCUCUCUUUCUGUCUCUCCCUUUUCUUUUUUCUUAUGUGUUAAGUUUGUAAAUUAGACGGACUUUUUACUCUUGUGUGCAAGUGCAACUUUUAGUUAGCUAGUUGAAUAAGCGCAGGACUUUUUACUCUUGUGUGCAACUUCAGUAUUGAUCAUAAAUGCAUAACAUUGCACAUGCUUUGCGCUGUGCUCCCAUAUCUAAGGUCUUAUAUAAUAAAGUGUUUUGGCCCGGCUUCCUUGUCUGUAGACAUGUUAUUAACAAUGCUAGUUUAUUAUGUUGUGUAAUGAAAUUUUUUCUGUGGAGGCG